AAUUAAACUGGGCCAGAGCCCCAGGGCAGGAAAAUGAAGGCUUCACGCUGGCCGGGCUGCUGACAUACCAGGGGAUGAGCCCCAUCCUGGAAGGUGCUGGGCAGGUGGAGGCGCCCGAGUGGUACGAGAUUGGCCAGACCAGGAAGCAGGCGCAGGAGCCCGGGCGGCCCAGCUACCGUGUGCUGUCUCCAGUGGUGUCGGCCUUCAUCAGUGACCCGAACCCCCAGGCACUCGACCUCUCCGUCAGCAUCCGCUUCAGCCACCCAGUGCCGGAGAACAAGCCCAACCUGCGCCUCCUCUGCGCCUACUGGGAGCCUGACAGCAGGCGCUGGGCCACCGGCGGCUGCACCCUGCAGAACUUGACCACCAACAGCACCCGCUGCCAGUGCAACCACCUGACCAGCUUCGCCGUGCUCAUGGCCUUCUACGAGCUGGAGGUAGGCGUGGCCCUCGCUGGGGCCUGGGGCUGGUCUGGUUCUGUUCUUCCCCUCAAUCCCCCCCAGCGGAGCAGGAGUCACUCCAGAUUCUCCCCUGAGUAAACCCAUUCCCCACCGGCGGGUGGGGCCCUGGAUCUGAUAUGGGGCACAAGCAGCCCCCCCCGCCCCCAGGGCACAGGGAGACUCCCCAGGUAGCCACAGCUGACGUGCCUGCCCACCUCACCGGGAAGCUGGGGGGCAGGGGGCUCACCCCAUUGCAUUGCAGGGAGCCCUCCCCGUCCCCAUCGCACGGAGGCAGGGAGGGGUUAAAUGCCUCACUCAAGGAGACUCAGGGAGGUUGACAUCAGAGCUGGGAAUUGAACCCAGGAGUCCUGACCCCCAGCCCCCUGCUCUGACCCCCAGACCCUGCUCCCCUCCCAGAGCUGGUAGAACCCAGGAGUCCUGAAAUGCAGCACCUUAGCCACAAGCGCGUUCGUCUGGUCUAAAAGCAGCUCCCUCCUGGGCAGGGGCUUCCUCCCGCCAGGCGGGGGCGCUCUGCUCUCUGCUCCAGGGAACAGCCCCGGCUCCUCCUACUUUCUGGCGCCCCCGUCCUGCAGGGAUCGGUGCCAGGGAUUCCCCCUUGGGUGGUGGUGACCCUAGAGCCCCAUCGGCUUCCCAUGGCCCUGGGGCUGUGGGUCAGCACCUCGGGGGGGCAGGAGGGACAGGCUGGGCCGCAUCGAAUCCAUCUGGGCGGCUGGACCCAGCCAGUCACUGGUUCCCGCAGGCUGCCCGGUGUUGCCACU